UGUGCCAUCACUUCCUUUCCCAGCUCCCUUCUCCUCCUCCCGCUGUUACCUCCACACAGCAGCCACAUGACUCGGAGCCGUGCACCGUGCUAGCAGAAGGGAAGAAAGCCUCUCACCGGCCAGCGCUCUUCUAUUCAGCAGGCUCCCUCUUUCUUCCCUUCUGCUCCCGGUCCCUUCUUCUUUCUCUCUCCGGCGUGUCCCUGUGCCAGGCGCCAUGCCCAAUAUCGUGCUGUUCAGCGGGAGCUCUCACCAGGACCUCUCCCAGAAAGUGGCGGAGCGACUCGGACUGGAGCUGGGCAAGGUGGUCACCAAGAAGUUCAGCAACCAGGAGACCAGUGUUGAGAUUGGCGAGAGCGUGAGGGGGGAAGAUGUUUACAUCGUACAGAGUGGUUGUGGUGAGAUCAAUGACAACCUAAUGGAACUUCUCAUCAUGAUAAAUGCCUGCAAGAUUGCUUCUUCCUCUCGGGUCACGGCAGUCAUUCCAUGUUUUCCAUAUGCUCGUCAAGACAAAAAAGACAAGCGCCCCACCCCGACGAACUCGCACGCAGAAGCAAACGCAUACAGUCGGGCUCCUAUAUCUGCCAAGCUAGUUGCAAACAUGCUGUCUGUAGCUGGAGCUGAUCACAUAAUCACCAUGGAUCUCCAUGCUUCCCAGAUACAGGGUUUCUUUGACAUUCCUGUAGAUAAUCUGUAUGCUGAGCCAGCAGUACUGCAGUGGAUUAGGGAGAACAUCCCUGAAUGGAAGAACUGCAUCAUUGUAUCUCCUGAUGCCGGUGGUGCCAAAAGGGUGACAUCCAUUGCUGAUCGACUGAAUGUUGAAUUUGCCUUAAUCCACAAGGAAAGGAAAAAAGCCAAUGAGGUGGACAGGAUGGUAUUGGUUGGAGAUGUGAAAGAUCGGGUUGCAAUUCUUGUUGAUGACAUGGCUGACACAUGUGGUACUAUAUGCCAUGCUGCCGACAAGUUGCUUUCUGCUGGAGCGACAAAAGUCUAUGCAAUUUUAACACACGGCAUUUUCUCUGGACCUGCAAUUUCUCGGAUCAAUAAUGCAGCGUUUGAAGCUGUUGUGGUUACCAACACGAUACCCCAGGAAGAUAAAAUGAAGCAUUGCUCAAAGAUCCAGGUUAUCGACAUAUCUAUGAUCUUGGCAGAAGCAAUUAGGAGGACUCAUAAUGGCGAAUCUGUGUCAUAUCUCUUCAGCCAUGUCCCAUUAUAGACUGUUUCCUCCCCGCAUGCAGCAGCCCUCUUGAUUUUUUUUUUUUUUUUAAAGCAAAGUUAACCAAAAGCCAGAUAAUAAAUAUGCCUGUUAGCAGUUUCAGAUACUGUACCCUUCUCUCCUAUCCUUGGAAGAGUGCAGCUUGGUGAGAAGAUUUUUUUGAAUGCUUUCCGUUGAUGGCCAUGCUGAAAGCAACCUUGGGUUCUAGCUAAUCUUACCAUUGUAUUUAAUAAAACCUCUGUGUAUGUUUUACAUACAUUACAGCUGUAUACUUGCACAAGAUGAUUUAUUGGUGAAUGCCACCAGUUUGUUCUGACACUUUGAAUGUUACCUUUUACAGUGAAAGGCUUUGGGAGGCUUGGGUUGUUUGGGAAGGGUAGGGAUAUGAUAUAAAGCAAUCCUAUUUUGUACUGUGUGCAGUUGAAAUAUUAAUCUUAGCAGAUGUUUCAUAUUUCGUAUGUUCUUACUAGAUUGUAGGCUAUUUUGUAGUGGACAACUUUCAACAUUAGUAAAGCUGGCACACCGUGUACUACUUUUACGUCUAGUUUCUUUUCCAAUGCUGUUACAAGUUAAGGUCCGUUUUUAUGUUCUAUAUUUUUCAUGUUUCUGUCUUCUCUACCCAUGACAUUUAAUAAACAUCAAUAGUCCAGGUGAAAGUAAGAAUUGGCAGAACUUCAAAUCUACCUAAAAAUAAGUGGUCUUCGCUACAUGCCCUUCGAAAGGCUAGAGUGGCUCUCUUGGAGAUCAUUGAGCUUUUAUAGAUAAAAAUAUACAUGAUGCAGAUUUUUAUUGUUAGGGGAAGUUUACCACAGACUUCAACACACAAGCCCCGCUGAGUAUUGAGCAAGGGACUCUGGUGAGAAAGAUACCAGGACAGUGACAUGCUAUGCAUGUUUUAUAUUUUGUCACCCAGUUGACAUCUUAUGUUGACUAGGGACUAUGGCAAUAGUUGGGAAGUUGUUCCAUAGAGAUUAGUGAGCUCCACAUGAGAAUUAUUUUAUAGUAACCUCCAUUCCGGAAUACAAUCCACGUAAAAGCACUGGACAUCUAAGUUGUUUAGGUAUAAUAAAAGCAUUCAGAGGAGUGCUGAAUUUCCAUGGAACACAUAGACUAUGCAUACAUCAGGAAAUAUGUUGCCCAUUGCUCCUCACUGAUAAUGUAUUCAGUUCGGUAUAUUGCUUGGUAUGAUGCAAAAGAUGCAAAUCUACUGUAUGUGUUAAGAGGGCAAUAUAUGAAUAGUAAGAUGUAUUGUCACAAAUGCUAACUGAACUGUUGGAACAUGAAUAAACCAACACAAGAUUGUGUUGUACCAAAGCUGACACAAGACAGAGCUGCACAAUGCAUCAUCUCUUGUUUUUAUAUGUUUUGUUUCUUCCAGAUUGGUCUCUUGCAAUUCAUUUGACAAAAAAUGACUUUUUUUGCUUAAACAAUAAAUUUAAGAGUUCUCUGUGGACCAAUUUA